CCCCGCGGUCCCGCUGCACCCUCUGGCUGACUCCGCCGCGGCGUCGGCUCCGUCGGACAGAGCCGGGUGCGCAGGCGCGGACCUAGACCUCGCUGCAGCCCCCUCAUAGCCUCGGGGGGUCGCACCCACAGUCCGUCCGCUGGCCCAUCGGUGCACUUUCCUCCUCUACCCUCCCGGGUGCCCCUGCGCCCUACGCGCCGGGAUGGCGGAGCUGCGGCCUAGCGUCGCCCCCGGCCCCGCCGCGCCCCCGGCCCCUGCUCCCAGUGCCCCUCCGGCCUUUGCCUCACUCUUUCCCCCGGGUCUGCACGCCAUCUACGGAGAGUGCCGCCGCCUCUAUCCCGACCAGCCGAACCCGCUCCAGGUUACCGCUAUCGUCAAGUACUGGUUGGGCGGUCCAGACCCCUUGGAUUAUGUUAGCAUGUAUAGGAAUGUGGGAAGUCCUUCUGCCAACAUCCCUGAGCACUGGCACUACAUCAGCUUCGGCCUGAGUGAUCUCUAUGGUGACAGCAGAGUUCAUGAGUUUACCGGAACAGAUGGACCUAGUGGUUUUGGCUUUGAGUUGACAUUUCGUCUGAAGAGAGAAACUGGGGAGUCGGCCCCCCCCACAUGGCCAGCAGAGCUGAUGCAGGGCCUGGCCCGAUACGUGUUCCAGUCAGAGAACACCUUCUGUAGCGGGGACCACGUAUCUUGGCAUAGCCCUUUGGAUAACAGUGAGUCAAGAAUUCAGCACAUGCUGCUGACAGAGGACCCACAGAUGCAGCCUGUGCAGACACCCUUUGGGGUAGUUACCUUCCUCCAGAUUGUUGGUGUCUGCACUGAGGAGCUACACUCAGCCCAGCAGUGGAAUGGGCAGGGCAUCCUGGAGCUGCUGAGGACGGUGCCUGUUGCUGGCGGCCCCUGGCUGAUAACUGACAUGCGGAGGGGAGAAACCAUAUUUGAGAUCGAUCCACACCUGCAACAGGAGAGGGUUGACAAAGGCAUUGAGACAGACGGCUCCAACUUGAGUGGUGUUAGUGCCAAGUGUGCCUGGGAUGACCUAAGCCGGCCUCCUGAAGACGAUGAGGAUAGCCGGAGCAUCUGCAUUGGCACACAGCCCCGGAGGCUCUCUGGCAAAGACACAGAGCAGAUCCGGGAGACUCUGAGGAGAGGACUCGAGAUCAACAGCAAGCCUGUUCUUCCACCAAUCAACCCUCAGCGGCAGAAUGGCCUCACCCAUGACCGGACCCCGAGCCGCAAAGACAGCCUGGAAAGCGACAGCUCCACAGCCAUUAUUCCCCAUGAGCUGAUCCGCACACGGCAACUCGAGAGUGUGCAUCUGAAGUUUAACCAGGAGUCAGGAGCCCUCAUUCCUCUCUGCCUAAGGGGCAGGCUCCUACAUGGACGGCACUUUACCUAUAAGAGUAUCACGGGUGACAUGGCCAUCACUUUUGUCUCCACGGGAGUAGAAGGUGCCUUUGCAACUGAAGAACAUCCUUAUGCGGCUCAUGGACCCUGGUUACAAAUACUGUUAACCGAAGAGUUUGUAGAGAAAAUGUUGGAGGACUUAGAAGAUCUGACUUCUCCAGAGGAAUUCAAACUUCCCAAAGAGUACAGCUGGCCUGAAAAGAAGCUCAAAGUCUCCAUCCUCCCUGAUGUGGUAUUCGACAGUCCACUGCACUAGCCUGGGCUGGGCCCUGCAGGGGCCAAAAGGAGCCCAGCUGCUCCCAGUGACUUCCAGUGCAACAGCUGUGUAAAGGAGAUUCCUACAAAUAAAAGGACAAGUGUGAGGAUGACUACAGAGUGCCACACCCUGGCCCUAUGGAAUGCCACGUACAGACCUCACCUCAACUCCAGCCCAGGGGCCUUGCUUCUAGCUGGCUGAGCCCAUAUGAUCAGGCCCUGUAUCCUACAGGGCCAGUGAGUCUGUGAGGUGGCACCUGCAAACCGUCCCCUCCUGUUGUGUCACAGGUUCUGGUUGAGGAUUGAAUGAUAUGCUCCUGGGAAGAGACAGGCCUCAGCCUCACCCACCCCAACAAUGCAGCCCAGUGUGCAGAGCGUACCUGUGGAUGUGCUGCCCAGCUCAACCCUAACAAGCCUUUGCUGCACCAGCCAUGGAACAAUUCCUCCCGUCAUGAUUGCUUUACUCCUUCCUUAUGGCGUAGGAACCAGAUGAUAUUUUUAUUGCUUGGCAAAGAUGGUCCAGAAGCCAUGUAUAUAAUGAUUUUUAAACAGAACUUUAUUCCUAGAUGAACUUUAUCAUUCUCUUAGACAGGGGUCUGGGGACUGUCUCCCCUGCAUCCUCUGCCAGAAAAUGUGCCUGGUGCUGCCUGCCAGCUCUGUACCCUGGUAGAACCUGAGGCAUGGGAGAGCCAACACACUCUCCAUGCAGCCUUGCGUCCAGUUUCACUAUGGCCAGGAAGGCGUGCCACUGUCUUCGAAGUAAACUGGGCUUCUCCAAGGUUCUGGUGACUUUAGGGACUUAAGGAUAUGGUGGUCCAGACUUGUCUUCCAGCUCUUUUCCACCCCGCCAGUCCUGCCAAGGAGAGGGCCAAGCCGACUGCCUCCCAGACCAUUCCCCAUCUUGCCACUUAGGGCCUGGGCCUCCAGCUCUUUGAUUACCCCAUUCCCUUUCCUCAUCUCCUGGCUUCCCAGCCCCCCCAGAAUGCAGGAUUCUAGCUUAUUAAAAACUGAAAAAUCAACCUCUCAACAUCUCUUUCACUCCAGUUUUGCUGACACCGCUCUCUGCUGCCUUUGGCCUCCCCAUAUCCAUUCUCUACUCAUCUUUCACCCAUGUUUCUUUUCCUGCAGCCUGACCCCUUGUGGGCCUCAGCCUCUCACCCCCAGUACUGUAGAUCUGUCGGCCUUCUAGAAGCCAGUCUGUCUCUGGUCAUAAUAAUUUGGGGGCUGCUCUUGAGGAAUCUCCCACUUGUGACCUGGAGUCAGCAAGCCUCAUUCCUGCACUCCUGCCUCCCACUCUAGGGACUUUUGUUCAUCUUUUAGGUUUAAUCCUCUCCAUAGCAAAGUCACUUUGUUAGGGACCUUGCAAGGGUUCUGCUCCGUCUUCCUCCACCACCCACACAGGUACCACCAGAGUACUCCAGGAGGUGAACAGCCCCCGGAAGAGAGAUCUAGCUAAAGAACUGCCUCCAGGGUCAUGGCUGGGCUCUCUAGGGAGCAGAACUUGGGCCUCCAAGGAAUGACUGGCCUGGCCCUUUCUACAUACCUCAGGGCUAUCUCUUUAACUUCAAGCUCAGCACUUCAAGGCAGAUCCACCUGGAGCAUCUGGGAGAAGCUGGCUGCAGGCUCCCAUCAGCCAGAUACAAGCCUCUCUGGAGCGGAUACCAUGCUGCUCUGGGACUUUUCCACAAGGACAUGCCCUGGCCAACACCCACCACAGCAGCUCUGCCUUUGAAGUUCUUGUCUUCUGAAAUUUUAUGGCCAAUUUAUGCUAUCAGUUUGCUCCCGUUCCUCACCAUCUUGACCAGUGUUUCACCCCCAAUUCUCUCUUCCUGGAGACCUGCCUAAGGCCCUCCUGCCGUAUUGUGCCAUACCUCCAUUUGCUUGUUUAGGGGUAAGGAUACAUGUUCUGAGCUGAGUUUUGCCCUCAGUAUGAGAGGCACCUGGUCAACAGGUGCCCCACAAACCGUAAGGUUUUAGCAGACUGAUGGUUGGUGCCACCUGUUUGGUGGCCCCAUUUUUGGAGAGCCAGGGAAGAAGCAGUAAGCUGCAGAUGAGAAGCCCAGAAGGCCUGGGGUCUCUUCCUCCCUUCACCCUGUCAGGAACCUCAUCACUCUUCACCAUCUAAGAUCCUGCUGGGACCAGGACCUGUCAUUUCCCACAGUGCAUAUUUCUCCUGUCUCUGCCAGCUCUAACCAUGCCUCCUAUAUCAGGGAGGAGAUCUGCCAUUAAGCUGCUGGCUAGUAAGGGUCCCUGACUUAUGAUCAAACCAGGCUGACCUUGUUCUGGCACAUGAUGGGUACUCAGUAAAAGGACACUUUCUUUCCCUACUUACAACCUCAUGGGUGGGACGUAGGAAGCCUUCCUCCCUGUCUUCUGCAGGCUUCCUCCAGGCUUUUUCCAUUCUAGUCCUACUCUGACCUUUCAGGUUUCCUAGACCUAGAGCUUCUGAAAAGAAAGGACCCCACUAUUGCUGUGUUCCUACUGUCUAGAGCUGCCCAGGUCCAAUGUGGGUUGCCAGAGGUGGCAAUGCCAGCUAUCAUUCUGUGGGGGCAGGGAAGCCAUGCUCUUCCUCUUCCAAAUGUGAGAUACUGCCAGAGGGCCUGGGGAGCCCUUAGGAGAGUGUAAAAGGGCUAGAACAUUAUAAAAUCCCGAUCCUGAGUCUUGGGACUAAAUUUUGAGAUUGAGUUGAAAGCAGGGAGAAAACCUGAAGGUUGGUGCCCCUAUGGGGCAGAUCAGCAGAUAAGUCUCUGAAAUGUAUUUUUUUACCUGGUCUUCCCUCUCUGGCCUUUAUGACCUUGGUGCCAAGUGAGGUGCCUGGAUCCCUGUUACAAGUCAGGAGCCCUGUAGGGAGACGCCAUUCUUUUGUACAAAUAUCUGAAUAUUGCAGUGAGCAGACUUUUGUACAUUUUUAUAUUAGUUUUUAAUGUCAGUGGAGACUCGGUUCCUUGAGCUACAGCUGGUUCAGGACUUUUGUAAGAAUUUUUGAGUGACUCACUUAGAUGUUCCUUCUUGCCCCCCCUUCCUUUGUGUAAUCUAAGUGCAUUAAACAUAUCUGCAGAAGUG